UUUAAUUGAAGUGUUUCUGAAAAUUGUUGCCGGUACCUAUGAUGUCAAAGUGUUGAUGCUUGGGCGCUGAAAGGGCUUCAAGUUGCCGUUCGUGGACCCGACUCCACCAGACACUAACAGACAUGUCCGCUAUAACCGCACUGUGGGAGAUGAUGCAGUGGAGACGACUGGACAGUUCUUUGAGCGCUGUUGGGCGAAACUAUGAUUGAACGACUGUAGUAAACUAUCAAGAAAGAAACAGACUUCCGCACAUUCUGGUAGAGCCAGACUGUGAUUCACAGCUUUCUGUUUGUUUGUGUUACCGUGAAGUUGUUUUAGACAUGACUUGUGCUACAGUCUGGGGAAGAGGCUCUGACGGGAGAGGCGUCUGAUAGUGUUUGUUAGCGCACGGGAACAACCGCCGUCCCGCGUCGCCCAUCCUUGGUUAUGCCACCCCUGCGACGUCUCACAAACACCACAUCUUGGCAAGCCACUCCCGUCCAUGGAAACCCAUCACCACUCAUGUUGGACGCCCUUAUCUGCGGCGACGCUGACGGGCUUUUCGUGGCGCUUUUUGGCUUAUGCGCGUCAGAGCCUGGGCACCUACUACAGUACUACCCAACCACCAGCCACAAAUAUGGCUUGUCUCGGAUCAGCUCGCGCGGGGUCGACCACACGACAACGGCAACCAACAACCCCUCUUGCCGGAACUGAAGCAAUCCCGAUAGCCGAGCGAGCGAGCGACCUUCCUAUAUGACUUUGGACGGUGGCGUCAUCCCCCACGUCCUGUGCUAUCGUUGCUCCCGCAUCGUCCACUCCGACUGGGUUCAAGAACGACUCGCACGGCUAGAGCCAUGGACGGGCACCAGCACUUGGGCAUUGGACGGGGAUGCCGGCCAGGAAGAGAAACUGCGCUUCUUCCACUCUGAAAGCUUGGAGAAACUGGAGGCAUCCGCCGCUGCCGGCUGUCACCUCUGCACUCUGAUCAGCAAGAAGAACCAAUACUUCGAAUGGUUCAAGGACGAGGAGCAUGCGGGUGUCGUCCAGGUCGUCGCCUGUGCUGGGCAUUCCUCGGUCUGGCUGGAAACGAGCCGGAUACAAGAGCUGGAGAUCGAGGAGGAUACGCCGCAUGACUUGUCUGGACUGGACGACUGGCUGGAGGAGCGGUACAACCAGAGUUUGGACUUUUCUGGCGCAUGGAUCAUGGAUGACUUUGUCACUGUCCAGCUGCGCAAGGUCCAAAGUGAUACAUACUCCCCAGUAGGCUCUGAAUCCAACCUCCCUCUGUCUGCCUCCUCGGAUGCUCCCCAAGUCCUUGAGUCCAUACAGUGCUGGCUGAAAGACUGCGUCGACAACCAUCCCGAGUGCAACCGCUAUUCCUCCACGCAAAAGGACCCUACUGCCACGUGGCUGCCUACGCGGCUCAUCGACGUCGGAGAAGACCCCGGCAAACUAGCUCCUCGAUUGGUAAUAUCGGCUGACGAAGGCCUUGCCCAAAAGAAGGCACAUUACCUCACCCUCAGUCAUUCCUGGUCCAUCUCCACGAAACCGCACAACUUGAAGCUGGAGACAGAAAACAUGACACAGUUGCAAGACAGAAUACCCCUUGACGACAGGCUGUCCAAGACGUUUCGAGAUGCCAUGAAAAUAACCCAGCAACUCGGAUGCCGAUACAUAUGGAUCGAUUCAUUGUGCAUCAUCCAGAGUGGGAUAAAGGCCGGGGAUGACUGGAAAAGAGAAGGACUUACCAUGAGUGACGUCUACGGCCAUUCUCGCUGUAACAUCACUGCACUUGGGACCGGUGGCAACGACGGGUGCUACACCCCAAGGAACCCGUUGCAGACCAGCCCAUGCCACAUCAAAGUGUGUGACGACAAGCCCGCCAUAUACGCCGUCAACUCGCUCCUUGAAAACACUUUCACCGAGAAUGUUGAACAGUCUCCUCUUUUCAAGCGAGGCUGGGUCUUUCAGGAAAGCGUCCUGUCAUCGCGAGCGGUCUACUUUGGAGCUCCCCAGCUCUUCUGGGAAUGUCGGCGUCAAGCUUUUGCCGAGUCUUGGCCCUUCAAGACUGGCACCCCCGGAGUUCAACAGCGUCUCACCGAGCCUACUUUGCGAGCCACCGGGGACACCCCCUUUUCCUCCAAGACGGUCUUUGAAGCACUUUGUAACGCUGAAGAACAGCAGACAGACGGGUCCCAUGAACAGAAUGACAGGGAAAAACACCUAAUCGGGCACACAUUUCCCUCCUUCCUCUGCUGGGAGAAGAUCGUCAAGACCUUCAUCGGUACCUCCCUAACAUUUACCUCCGACCGCCUCUUCGCCAUGGCCGGCAUCGCCCGCGCCAUUGAGCACUUCCGCUCCUUCACCUAUGUCACCGGAUCCUGGCGCGAGCUCUACCCGCUUGACCUCCUCUGGCGCUUCACUCGCGAACUGGGCGAGCGUAAAAACGUGGUUUCCGGCUCCAAGGCUCCUUCGUGGUCAUGGGCCGCCAAGGAACUUGACAUGCAGGAAUCGCUGAAGAACAUUGCGAGAAGCGGAAAGAACACACAACGGCCCGCCCAUUGGGAUGGGAACAAGCGGUUCUUGGUCGAGUCGGUGACUAGCGUCGCUUACCUCUCCCAGCUUAUUAAAUUCCCUGAGCCUGAGUUUGAGUCCAAGUACAGGCCUGAUAAAGAGGGGGAAAUCACAAUUGAUUUGAAGGGUCGCGUUUGCAAGGGCUUGGUGAAGACGGAGCUGGAUAUCCAGGGCUUUCCGCAGGAUCGAUUGUACGCCGCAGGGAAGGAUAAGGCGCCCGUUAUUGUGCACAUGGAUGAUGACACACCGGCAGAUGGGCUCGAAGUGGUCCUCGUCUUGUUGAUGGAGUGGGAAGGGCUGGUCGGCAAUUAUUGGAAACGACAAUUCCAGGCUGGUUUGGUCUUGGUGCCGGCCAAAGACGAGGGUGAUAAAGGAGGAUCGACCAUUUACCGGCGUGUCGGGGCCUUCAGGACGGGCGAAUUGUCGGAGUGUCCUGUCAAUGCAUUCGACGGAAGUGAAAUGGAGGAGGUGUUGGGUAUUUGCUGAGGUCGACUUCAGUUCAACAAAAAGGAGAUCCCGUUCAUGCCUAGCUCUGCUCCUAUUCACACCGUCCCCUUUUCCUCGUCCAGGUCUUGGCUUAUCCACCCAAAGCGGAUCACGGGCUGCCGUUGCACCCCUCAGAUCUCGUGUAGACCCUGGGCACAAGCAACACCUCCACAUCCCGAUGUCGAUCAUUGUCAGUUUCCAGUCGUGGCAUUUCCAGAAAGGUUUCAUGUUCCAAAGUCAGCGUGCCUCGGUUCCCCAACCUCAGAACAAGUCGACAAACCAAUAUCGUCUUCUCAGUUCAUGCCAGUUCGUAUCGCAAUCGGCCCUUAGGAAGAACAUGCUGAUUUGGAAAACGACAGUCAACGUUACAACAAGGUCCCCUUUCGUAUCGUUCGAGUUCACCUUAUCACACCGCUUCGGGCGUUUGUGUUCUUGAUUGGCGACGACCCGAACUCCCCCACCGUUGCAUCAACCCAGCCUCCAGGGUCCCGGUGCAACCGAUAUCCCGAUGCCCUCGUUCAAGUGUUUG